CACCGAUUUAUCAAUAUAACAAUAGUUUUGUUUUUACAUCUAUAUAAAAAAUCACGUUUGAUGAUGACAAAAAUGUGUGUGUAAAAUUAAUAAGAUAAAAUAUGUCGAGGUAUAUAUAAAUAAGUACCGUAGUACGGAGAUAGAGACAGACAGCAACUGAGCCUGAGCCUGAGCCUGAGCCUGAGUCCCCAUACCGUUACAACAAUCAGAGUCAUUCUCUUUCUCUCUGAGGAGACUCUUUGUAGGAACUUGCUUUUUGGUUUUUCUCCGAGAAAGCUCUCUGAGUGGGUUCGAAAGAAUAAAAAUGGUGAUACAGUACAUGUUCGGCGUUCCGGUGAGAGUAACAGAGUCAAAGCCAGCACCGCCGGCGGAUAAUCGGAUAUGGUCUCUGGGAGACCUGGACCCACAAGUCACCGAAGCAGACCUCUUGGAUGCAUUUCGUUUAAUUGGUCCCAUUGCCUCACUGCGUCUCUGCCGCGAUUCUUUCACCGGCGAGUCCCUUCGCUACGCCUACGUCAACUUCUUCACUUCGUUACAUGCAUCCACAGCUUUAACAUUUCUAAAUCACAAGGAGCUGAAGGGACAAUCAAUGAGAAUUAUGUGGUCGCAGAGAUACCCAUUGACAAGAAAAAUGGGCAUUGCAAAUCUUUUUGUUAAAAACCUUCACCCAUCCUUCACCAGUGGUCAAUUGCAGUCUAUGUUCUCCAAGUUUGGGAGGAUAUUAUCUUGCAAGGUCGCCUCAGAGAAUGGCAACAGCAAGGGUUUUGGUUUUGUGCAAUUUGAUUCUAAACUAUCUGCUAUGACUGCUCGUAAUGCUCUACAUGGUACACUGCUUAAGGGGAAGAAAAUAUAUGUAUCAAAAUUUGUAAAAAAGAGCGAGAGAACAGUAGCCAAUGGGGAGACUAUGAAGGCUUCACUGCAAGGGCAAAACAAACAAUUAUUUAUAGCCAGGGCUCAGCAGGAGGAGAUUGUCAACUGCCACACUGAAAAGUUGAAGGCUUCAAGCCUGCCAGAGAAGAACUCAACCCAUCCUGUCCACUGCUCUUCGUUCUACUCUUUGGGAAAGGACCUAAUGAAACAGAGGCAACAAAUCAAUACCGGGAAACAAAGUUUUAAAUCUGAGUCCUCUGUAUGCGGCAACAACUUUGUCCAAGACACAUAAUUCCUCAGCUGCACAACAUGAGAUGGAUUGAGGCAAUUGCUAGGACCAGUGUAGAUAUGCCUCUGCAUUGCCCUCUGCUUGAACCUUGUUUUUUACUUUUUUCCACAUACUUUGCAAAACUAUGAAAAAUACAACACAGUGUAUAAAUCUCUAAUAAGACCACUACUUAUUUUAAGAAUUUUUUUUUUUUCCAUCA